AUGGAUCCUAAUCAAUUUAAUUAUCAACAAUCUAUGUUCAAUUUCAUGCAAAAUUUUCAAAAUCCUAAUCCUCAAUAUUCUCAAUUCCCAUCGAUGCCAACAAACUCCGCCGCUUUUUUUCCGUCAUCAACCAGAAACACUCCGCCGUAUUUUUUCCGUCAUCAACCAGAAACACUCCGCCGCAUUUUUUCCGUCCCCAAACUCCACCAUAUGGUCAACCAUCUAUGGAAUUUUUUCGUCAUGAACCGGAAACACCGAUUGUGUCUAUGUCCGAAAGUCAAGUUCCACCAUUUUCAACUCAAGUCGGUAUUGAAAAAGAAGAAAGUCGCCCUGUUAAAAAAAAAGCUCGAGAGGAAAGUGGGACUUCGGAGAAAGAUAGCUUGGCUGCUGCAUAUGCAUUUUUUUGCUCAAGAUGAAGGUACACCAUUCAAUCUUGAGUACGCAUGGCGAUUGUUAAAGGAUGAACCUAAAUGGAUGGGAGCAUCGACCGAAAAUUCUUCAAAAAGAACAAAGAAUUCUGCUAGUGGGGCACACUCAUCAUCGUCUAACCUCGCGACACCUUCAAGUUAUGAGUUUAACUCAUCAUCACCAAUGGAGCGUCCAAUGGGACAACAAGCAGCAAAAAGAAAGAGUAAGGCAAAGGAAAAUGCAUCUAAAUCACCUUCUAAUGUUGUGCAAGAAACAUGGAAUAAAAGAGUAGCGGCAAUGGAAAGACUAGCUCAAUGUAAAGAGGACGAGAUGGAGUAUAAGGCAAUGCAAUUACUCUCGAAAGACACUUCUAUGAUGAAUGAUAGUCAACGAGAUAUUCAUGAAAAAUAUUGUAAUAAGUUGGAAAAAAAUACGAAUUUUAGUUAUGAUGAAAAGAUGUAG